CCGCCUAUCGUCUGUAAGUCAGAGUCGAGGGCAGCAAUCACCCAGAUACAGGAAAAGGAAAACGAAGUUAACGCUAGUAGCUUGUAGCCUAGCUAUGAAACCCUGCUACAGACAAACGUAGCUGCUACUCACUCCGCGCCAACACUUAACUGGCUGUAUAGCUAAUUUACUAGAGCUGUAAAACAUAAUCGGAUCCAAUGGUUUAUGACCCUGUGCAGCUAUGGGUGACAUGAAAACCCCAGAUUUCGAUGAUCUUCUCGCCGCCUUUGACAUCCCAGAUGCCACAGGGUUGGAUGCUAAAGAGCCCAUCCAUGGGAGUCACGAGGAGACAGAGAGUCAGCUGAAACACACGGGAAUAUGUCUGGAUGAUGGCUUAUUAAGUAACCAAGGUGUCACACCGGCAGAUAUUCCUGUUGUAAGUGUUAUUGUGAAAAACACAAGUCGACAGGAGUCAAUAGAAGGGUUCGGAUCAGCGGUGCAAAAUGGAUUCAGGGGACAAGAGACCUCCAUUGAUCCGGUCGAGACAACUAACACCGUCUUUUCCAAAUCAUUUGUCUCUGCUUUGAAUGGGGAGAGUUCAAGAGAGCUUCUUGGAAGGGCACCUAUUCAGCAAAAACCUGAUGGAACGCCAAUAUUCACUCAGUCACUUUCUCAUUUUAGUCCCAUCUCUAGUCCCGAGUCUGAAGACAUUCAGUGUAGUCGUGAUGAAAUGCAUCCGAAAGACAGACCCUGUUUCCCAGAGGCAUCAGUUAUGGUGGAACCCUCGAUCCCUGACAAUCCCAAAAAACUGGACCUCAGCGUGUUUGAUGACUGUCCGAAGCACUCUGAUAUCCCCAAGAUCUCUCAGAAAAGCAGAACAGAGAGUAGUAGAAGCGAGGAGCCCUCUGACAUCUGUGUCGGCAAUGAAACGACUAAAACGCGGAGAAUACACAGUGCGCUCCCCCCACCGCCCGUGAACCAGAACUUCACUGACACCAACUGCAAUUCAGGAGCCUCAGUGGAUGUUCCCACUCCCUAUCCACAUGUAAAAUCCCAGACAGCCAAAUUAUCUUCUUGCUUAGAGGCUCUGGUGGCUCUGAAUGCUAGAAAAGACCCCAGAGAGUCAUCGGCAGUUCAUAAUGACUGCAUGAAAGCAAGCCCCAACGUGCCUAUAUCCCCACGAAGCCCCAGAAGUCCACUAGAGGCUGUGAAACGGUUAAUGAAACCCUCAGAUAGCCCUGUAAGCAUCUGCAGUGAUAGCAGUGGCAAAGCAUCCCCUGCUGUGGCAUCCGGGUCACCCCCUGCCAUACCCAGGGUCAGAAUCAAGACCAUCAAAACCACGUCCGGGCAGAUCAAGCGCACAGUCACCAGCGUGUUGCCAGAUUCAGAAACGGAUGAAAUUCAUUCUGCAUAUGAAUCCUCUCCGUCCCAGAGUAUGAUUAGUGAGGAUUCUUACUGUAACAUGUCUCCUCAUCCAUCUCAAAGUGUUGAUAGCAUUGUCGGAAUACAAACAAAAGGUCCCCCAGCUAGUACAUCCUCGCCGAAAGUCUCACACAACAAAUCGGAGGCUAACUCCAGGAGGUCAGGCAUAACGCAGCCCGCAGCAGUAUUCCAUAAUACCACCGGUCCCGUGAAACGAUCUGGUGCACAUCAUGGGCAGAAACCAAAGAGGGGAUCCGCUACAGCAGGCCAUUCAGCUAGCACAAACCUGCUUCCCAAAGCAAUGCACUUAGCUAGUCUGAACCUGGUCCCUCACAGUGUUGCGGCUUCAGUAGCUGCGCGCUCCACCUCUCAACAGCAAAGCCAACACACAAUCUCCUCGACAGUGUGCAGCACUGUCCCACUGGUGCAUCAGGUCAAAACAGCCAAACCACAUCCUCGCACAUGCACUACCAACACGGCAGCGGGAACCCUAAACAGACUGUUAAACAAUGCCAACCCUGUGCCUACAUACGUGCCCAACCUGAACCCCCCUCCAGAGAGCGAUAUCAGCCUUCCACCGCGCGGAUACUGCUGCCUGGAAUGCGGGGACUCCUUCGGGGUGGAGAGGAGUCUAGCAUAUCAUUACAGCAGGAGGAGCGUUCACAUCGAAGUCGGAUGCACACACUGUGCAAAGACGAUCGUGUUCUUCAACAAGUGCGCCUUGUUGGCACACGCACGAGAGCACAAGAACAGUGGUAUGGUGAUGCAGUGCACGCAGCUCCAUAUGAAACCCAUAGCAGAGGAACAAAUGUUCGCACCGCCUUGUACUGACCCUGGGAACAUCGACCCUGUGAACUACACCUCACCGUCAUCCUCAUCCAAAAACCAACCUGUCCUGCCCCUAUAUCCUGACAACGUCAUUCGCCACCGACUCCGUUGCCUCGAGUGUAACAAGCAGUUACCUGACUAUAAAGCACUUGCAGGUCAUUACCAGAGACCGUCAGAGGCUGUGGAAGGACUUAUGUGUAAGGUGUGCUUAAUGUUGUUGCCCAACAAGUGCAGCCUCAAAGCUCACGAUCGCAUCCACGCACACAAGUCCCCUUACUGCUGUCCUGAGUGUGGCGCCCUGAGUCGUUCUGCGGACAUACAGAAGCACGUCAAGGAGAACUGUCUGCAUUAUGCCCGCAAGGCUUGGUACAAAUGUCUUCACUGUGAUAUGGUUUUCAAGACCCUCCAAGGCCAAAAGACUCACAUUGAGGAGAAACACUGUGAAGUCCUUCACAAGUGCUCCAUCUGUCCAGUUGCCUUCAAGACCGCUGACAGCUGUGAAGUGCAUUUAAAGAAUAAACACAGUGCCAGCAAAAUAUCUCCUCAGUUAAUCUUUAAGUGUUCGUGCGAGACGUUGUUCAAGAAAAAACAGUUACUGUUCGAACAUUUCCAUCAGAAUGCAGACAAACGCGUUACGUGCGUGUUCAAGUGUCCAGAAUGCAACUCGGUCUUUCCACAGAAGCAGCUGUUGAUGCAGCACUUCAAGGACGUUCAUAUAGGUAACAUGACAGCAGAGACAGAGAAGAGAAGUAAACAAUCAGACAACACUGACCGGCACCAGGAUGCUCAUUCCGUCCAACAACAGAAGAGUCGCAGCCCAGUUAAACACCUGGAAAAUCCCAGAAAAAAGGCCGAACAGGACAGCAGACCUCGUGUGAAGCCCACCGGCUGGACGUGUGGAGAGUGUCUCAAGUGGUUCCCUGAACGAGAGUCCUACGUUUCACAUGUGAAGACCAACCACGGAAAGUCAGUGAAGAAGUAUCCAUGUCGACAUUGUGAGCAGUCUUUCAAUUCUGCAACCAGUCUGAGAAGACAUAUUCGAAGUGACCAUGAUGGAAAAAAGAAAAUUUAUACUUGUUGGUAUUGCACGGACACCAAGACAACAUUCACAACGAGUGUCACGUUGAAGAACCACAUCAGUCUAAUGCAUGGAAUCAAAAAUCCUGAUCUUGGCCAAAUGCCGAAAACAGCUGUCCAAGAAUCAAAAAAGGCUUUGGGCAAGGGGCUUGUAUCAGAAAGACCUGCCGUGAACGCACAUAAGGAAGAGCGUGAUCGCACUUCGGGCAUCGGUGCUCCGUCAGCGAAGCGUCUGAAAAGCCAGUUCCGCUGUUCAAAGUGUGGUUUCAUCACGGACGACAGGACACAGUUCCAGCAGCAUAUACCACAGCAUAAAACCGAUGAAAACACUCCUCAGUGCCUUCACUGUGGCCUGUGUUUCACAUCACUACUGUCUCUCAACAGACAUCUUGUCAUUGUACACAAAGUCAAAGAAGAGGAGAAGGUAAGGGAGGUGGUGGCAGCGGUUCGGGAGAUGGAGCAGGAUGAUCAGCGCGAUGGAUCAGCAGAUACAGACGAGGGGAAUGACGUGUUAUCGGAGCUAAACGAACCUGAGCCUUCUCAGGCAGGAGAGCCAGAAAGUGUGUGCUGUGACACGACUGUGGACUGUAAUUUAAAACUGAGCGCUCACUCUCACACACAAGCAGUCUCCCUCCGGUAGCGAGAGCGACCUCAACACCUCUUUAAAGCUGCUUUAAUAUCUUCGGUUUUUAUUUGAAAGUCACAUGGGAUGCUUGAUGUUCUGCAUGGAGGUGGUACAGAGUGUUGAGGCCUUUUUAAUUUUGAAAUUUCUCUCAAGUUAUUCAGAGGUUGUGCAGUAUAUUUGUGCAGAUCCUUAACAUUUAGUAAAGAGCAGUAUUUUCAUAAGCGAGAGGACGAAUUAAUAUUCAUUUUUCAAUCGUUUUUAUUUAACUUUGCAUGUGGAUAAUAUAUUAAUCUUGCCUUUCAGACAUUACUGCACACGUGUAACAGAUAUUUCUGUCUGUCUUUUUUAUUUUCCCAACUGUUUCAUCCGCCCUGAUAAGAGACUCAGGAAUGUCUGUUAGCUUUUAUGUUCGAUCGAUGUAACAGUGAAGGGGUGGAUUUUCACCUUUGUAAUCGACAGUCAUUUUAAUUGCUUUAAAUGUCGUCUGAAGUAUUUAAUGCUACACACUAUCACCUGAAUGGGAUUCAGCUUUUACGACGCGACUGUGUUGCAGUUAAUUUGCAGUACAAGGCGAGAAUUGUAGUCACCAUUUAUUACAAAUUUUAGUGUUGUUCAGCAGUCAUUUAAAGAAAGAUGUAUUUCUAUGAUCUUGGUAAACAGUUAUUUGAAGAGCUAUCCUGUGAGAUCAGAUGCAGGCAGGUAAAGCCUUCUGAAGUAAGGCUACAUAAAAGAACAAGACUUUCAUUUGACUAUUUAAGCAUUCUGAAAUGCUUUUUGUUUUAUGUUUAUUGAAUUUGUUUGACUUGUGAGUGCAUGUGUUAUCUCAGAUCUGGCCUUUUAUUUUUUUUAUGAUUUUCUUUUCUUUUUCUUUCUUUUUUUUUUUUUUGGAAUGAUUGUUUAGGGGAAACAUGAGGAGGUAUUGGAUGUGUGAUGCAGCAGUAUUGAAAAUACCUCAAAUUGCCAGAAGUGUAUUUUUCCGGCAAGUGGACAGUCGAUGUUAUGUCAAAUAUCAGGGUACAUUGUUUUGGAUAAUCCAGAGCAGGCAUGAAAGUGAAGUUUGGUGGCAUAUCGGAGAUAAUGUUUUAUAAAUCGGGACCUGUAAACGUCAGAGGCGCUCAUGAUAAUAAUACUAGUAGGAUCAGGGGAGUUUGUUCAGUCUGUGAUGAAUAAACUGCUUAGAUCAGCCCUCGUGAUGGUGGGUGCCUUUCGUUUACAGGUCUGGAUUUGUAAAGCAGCACUUCUUGUUUUGUAUUCAAUACAUGACAGUUCCUACCUCCAUGGUUACUGGCAGUGAUUGUUAAAUGAUGAAGGUAUUGGAGGAGUUGCAGGUAAUCUCAGUGCAAUGUAAAAAAAAAAAAAAAGUAAAUGUGUAUUAUCCCACAUUAUUAAAUUUUAUAAAUUAUUUUGGGAAUGAACUUAAGGCUAUGUGGUCAUAUUGACUUAACUUGGCAAGUGAACUUUUUCUAUUUAAGUGCUAUAUGAGCUCUUUCUUUCUCUUCUCUUUAAGUCCUUAAAUUACUACACUGCAGCCGUUAAAACUGCAGCGCCUGGAAAGAAUGACUUGAUCAUGACUUGUUCUUUUGUAACGCUCGUUGAAAGAUAUUUGUACUUUUGAUACUGUGUACAGCGAGGAUCUGUAUUGGGAAGUAACCUGUGUACAUACAGUAGCCAAUCAACCCUGGAUUCACAGCAUUUCUUAAGCCAUUACAUCUAUUCAGCAUGCAGUGGCCCCUGUGCCUUGCUGUAAUGUUUACGUUCAGUACUUACAAAUAAAUUGGUGCAUUUAAUUAUA